ACUUUUCCUCCAUUGUUGAGAACUUCACACUUCUGUCGCUCUGUCUAAAAUCGAUAAGUGAUUGGCUUUCUUGAUGCUGCAGAUCUUGUGUGUCUCGUAGCGUGCUCACUGAAGGGGUUCGUUAUGGCCUUGAAAAGGAGAAGGGCGACGUCUCCCUCUAGCAGUGUGAGUGGAGGAGAUUUUGACGAUAGCCAGACUUCAUCGUUAGUGUCUUCAAUUGGGCGAAAGAGGAGAAGGACCUCAAACAUUCCAACUGUGGAUCCUAUCGCUGUAUGUCAUGAGCUGUACAACACCAUCAGAGAUUACAAGGAUGACCAGGGCAGGAUGUUGUGUGAGCUGUUCAUCAGAGCCCCUAAGCGGAGGAAUCAACCAGAUUAUUACCAGGUGGUGUGUCAACCUAUUGACAUGAUGAAGAUCCAGCAGAAACUAAAGAUGGAGGAGUAUGAUGAUGUUGAACAACUAACCAGUGACUUUCAACUUUUAUUCAACAAUGCCAAAACUUACUAUAAGUCGGACAGUCCUGAAUACAGGGCAGCCUGUAAACUGUGGGACCUUUACCUGCGAACCAAGAAUGAGUUUGUUCAACGCGGGGAGUAUGAUGAGGACGAUGAAGAUGGAUAUGAUGCACAAGACAACCCUGGAGGGUCCACUGAAGAUGAGAGCGCACCUACCUGUUUGAAAGAAGUCCUCGAGCAGCUCCUUGAUGCAGUGGUGACCUACACCGAGCCUACUGGUCGCCUUGUCAGCGAGCUGUUCCAGAAACUUCCUUCCAAAAUGCAAUAUCCAGAUUAUUAUGCCGUCAUAAAGGAACCCAUAGAUCUGAAAAUCAUCGCUCAAAAGAUUCAGUUGGGCCACUACAGGAGUGUCAAUGCCAUGGCUAAAGACAUAGACGUGUUAGUCAAGAAUGCCAAAACUUACAAUGAGCCCGGAUCACAGGUGUUUAAGGAUGCAAACACCAUUAAAAAGAUUUUUGCACAAAAAAAGUCUGAGAUGGAACACGGAGAACCAAUCAAGUCCAGCAUCCGCAUCAGGAACCGAAGAUCUGCCCAGGGAGACCGUCUCUCAGCUAUCACCAUGGCUCUUCAAUAUGAAAGUGAUGAGGAAGGCAUACUUUCUGGUUCCGUCCACUAUGAUGAGGGGGAGUCUGAAGCAGAGAGUAUGACCUCGAACAUGGACAUGAGUAAUCCCAUCUUCCAGCUGUAUGAAGCUGUGCGAGGGGCCCGGAAUAGUCAGGGCCAGCUCAUUUCUGAGCCGUUCCUGCAACUUCCCUCCAGGAAAGACUACCCUGACUACUACCACCAGAUCAGUCAGCCCAUCUGCCUUCAUCAGAUCAAGAACAAGAUGAAGAACAACGAGUAUGAGAGCGUCGAGCAUGUUGACUCAGAUCUGACGCUAAUGUUUGAGAACGCCAAACGCUAUAACGUUCCUCACUCCUCCAUCUACAAGCGUGCACUCAAACUUCAACAUAUUCAGCAGAUGAAGAGAAAAGAACUUUUACAGAGAGAUGAUGAUGACGGAGACAGCAUGCUCUCCUCUGCCACCUCUGACACCAGUAGCACAAAAAGAAAAAGUCACAAGAAGAAUACAAAGAAAAACAGAAUGAAAGCUCUGUUAGCUGCUGUGACCGAGGCACGAGAGGCCAGCACUGGACGGAGACUGUGUGACCUCUUUAUGGUCAAACCCUCCAAGAAGGACUACCCCGAUUACUACAAGGUCAUCCUGGAACCGAUGGACCUCAGGACGAUUGAACACAACAUUCGCUCAGACAAGUAUAUGACUGAAGAUUCAAUGGUGGAAGAUAUGAAGCUGAUGUUUCGUAAUGCACGACACUACAAUGAGGAAGGCUCCCAGGUCUACAAUGACGCAGACAUUCUGGAGAAGAUCAUGAAAGACAGACGCAAGGAUCUUGGUCCAACAACUGAUGACGAUGACAUGAUGUCCCCAAAGCUGAAAAUAAGAAAGAACAGCAUUACCAUAAAGAAAUCAAAGUACUUAACACCCUUACAGCAGAAGCUGAAUGAGCUUUAUGAAGCUGUCAAGAACUACACAGAUAAACGAGGUCGUCGCCUCAGCACGAUCUUCCUGCGGCUGCCGUCUCGUGCCGAGCUGCCUGAUUACUACAUUGCCAUCAAGAAACCUGUGGACAUGGAGAAGAUCAAGAGCCACAUGAUGGCUAAUAAGUACCAGGAUGUGGACGCGCUGGUGGAGGACUUGGUGCUCAUGUUCAACAACGCCUGCACUUACAAUGAGCCCGAGUCUCUGAUUUACCGCGACGCUCUCUUGCUGCACAGGGUGCUGUUAGAGACGAGGCGGGACCUGGAGGGAGGAGAGGACGGCCAUGUGCCUGACGUGCCCCGCCUCAUCCAGGAGCUUGUCCGCAGCCUCUUUGUCUCUGUGCUCGGGCACCAAGAUGAUGAAGGGCGUUGCUACAGCGAUUCCCUGGCUGAGAUCCCUGCCGUGGAUCCAGCAAACUCUGAGAAGCCACCGCUCAAUUUUGAGAUUAUCAGGAACAAUGUGGACAGAGGACGUUACAAGAGGUUGGAUGUUUUCCAGGACCACAUGUUUGAAGUGCUAGAAAAGGCCAGACGGUUGAACAGGACAGACUCUGAGAUCUUUGAAGAUGCUGUAGAGCUGCAGCAGUUCUUCAUCCGGAUCAGAGAUGAGCUGUGUAAGAAUGGAGAGAUUCUGAUGUCCCCUGCCCUCAGCUACACUUCUAAACAUCUCCACAGUGAUGUGGAAAAGGAGAAGAAAGAGAAGCUUCCCAAGGAGUUUGAGGAGGACAAAAUCAAGCGAGAAGAAGAGAAAAGAGAAGCAGAGAAGAGGGAGGACCCUGUUGGAGGAUCAUGGCAGACGAACCUUCAGCGCACGUAUAGUCAGGACUGCAGCUUCAAGGACAGUAUGUACCAUGUGGGGGACUAUGUCUAUGUGGAGCCUGCAGAGCCAAACCUCCAGCCACAUAUCAUCUACAUUGAACGUCUUUGGCAAGACGACACUGGGGAGAAAUGGCUAUAUGGAUGCUGGUUCUACCGGCCGAAUGAAACAUUUCAUCUGGCCACAAGAAAAUUCUUGGAGAAGGAAGUUUUUAAGAGCGACUACUACAACAAAGCUCCCGUCAGCAAGAUUUUGGGCAAAUGCGUGGUCAUGUUUGUGAAGGAGUAUUUCAAGCUCCACCCAGAAGGAUUCAGAGCUGAGGAUGUCUACGUCUGCGAGUCACGCUACUCGGCCAAGUCCAAGUCCUUCAAGAAGAUCAAGAUGUGGACCAUGCCCCUGAGCUCUGUCCGGUUCGUUCCCAGAGAGGUACCCCUACCUGUGGUCCGUGUGGCAUCCAUGUUCGCCCUAAAACAGGAAGAGAAGCCACCAGAGAUUGCAGACGAAAGCAAAAUGACAGAUGGUAUUAUAGACAAGGAAAGGGAGGAUGUACCUAUGGAUAUGACCAACGGGGAGCCAGGGUGUCAGUACUAUGAACAGCUCUGUUACAACAACAUGUGGCUUAAAGUGGGCGACUGUGUUUACAUUGGUUCUCAUGGACUUGUGCGCCACCGAGUGGGCAGGAUUGAGAAAAUGUGGAUGCGAGAUGGAGCAGGCUACUUCUUCGGCCCCAUCUUUAUCCAUCCUGAAGAGACGGAGCAUGAACCCACUAAGAUGUUUUACAAAAAGGAAGUGUUCCUUAGCAACCUGGAGGAGCCUUGUCCCAUGACCUGCAUCAUAGGAAAGUGUGUGGUGUCGUCCUUUAAAGACUAUCUGUCAUGUCGGCCCACUGAAGUGCCUGAAGAGAAUGUUCUGCUCUGUGAGAGUCGCUACAUUGAGAGUGAGAAGCAGAUGAAGAAGUUUAAGGGGCUGAAGCGCUUUUCACUUUCUGGGAAGGUGGUGGAGGAUGAAACCUACUAUUUUAGGAAGCUCAUAGUCCCCCAGAAGGAGCCAUCGCCCUUGCUAGACAGGAAAAUUGAGGAACUGGAGGCUAAGUUUGCCGACAUGACUGAUGAAGAACUAGAGGAUCUUGGGGAUGAUGAUGGCGAACUAGGGGACCAGUCUCUUCCUCAGAUGCAGUCCUCCAUGUCUAGUGACAUGGAUAUCAUGCCAUACACUCCUCCACAGUCCACACCAAAAUCCAUAAAGGGCCUUUCAAAAAAGGAAGGCUCGAAGCGGAAGAUCAACAUGAGCGGUUACAUCCUGUUCAGCAGUGAGAUGCGAGCCGUCAUCAAAGCCCAGCAUCCAGACUUUUCCUUUGGGGAGCUGAGUCGUCUCGUCGGUACAGAGUGGAGGAACCUGGAGAGCUCCAGGAAAGCGGAGUAUGAAGAGCGGGCAGCUAAAGUGGCUGAGCAGCAGGAGCGUGACAGGGCCCACCAUCAGACGUCCCCAAGAGCAGGUACCCCAGUAGGGGCACUGAUGGGGGUUGUGCCACCUCCAACCCCCAUGGGGAUGAUAAAUCCCAGCAUGACGCCUGUGUCAGAAGGUAUGAUGGGUGCAUAUAGGUCAGCUAUGAUGCCCCCGCAGGGCCAUGUUGAAGGCAUGGUUUGUAUGACUGGCAUACCACCACGUCACAUGGGGUUGCCUGUCUUUCCCCAACAUCUCCUGCCCGUUAUGCCUGGGUUCCCUGGAAUGCCAUACUUUGGUGUCAAUGGCAUGGGGUGUGGACCUGGAGGAGGAAACAUUCAUGGAUCUCAGAUGGGUGUGAUGGGCGCAGGGCAGGCUCCGCCUCCAUACCCAGGACAGGGCCAGAUUGGACAACCGUCUCUCCAACAGCCUUCCACCCCGAUGUUUGUGUCCCCACCAGCCAAAUCUCAGCGGCUGCUCCAUUCUGAGGCCUACCUCAGAUACAUUGAGGGCCUUAAUGCGGAAUCCUCUACGAUUAGCAAGUGGGACCAAGCGCUCUCAGUUCAAAAACAAGACGUGCGGCUGACAAAAGAACAAGAGAGCAGACUACCAUCCCACUGGCUGAAGAGUAAGGGGGCCCACAAGACAAUGGCAGAUGCUCUUUGGCGACUCCGCGACCUGAUGCUGCGAGACACUCUAAACAUCCGUCAGAUGCACAACUUGUAGCAUGCUCAUACUUAGAGCCUCUGUUCCCAAACCUGUGAGACAGGAAGAGGGCUAAGCUCACUAAAAGUCUUUGUGUUGUCUUAAAAAAAAGAAAUAUUUGUAUUCAUACAUGCCGCUUUUGGUGUUGAAGCUGGAUGUUUUUUUUUUUUUUGUGUUAUAUUUCAGAUAUACUGUUCUAAGUGCAUUAUUGUUAAUGACUGUCAUUUUUGUGAUGAAGGCCUCCAUGCUUUCACAAUAAAAUGUGAAGAGUUC